AUGCGCAAAAAUCCCGUUCUCGCUGAUUUGGACACAGAAAUCCCAGAUUCAUAUGCCAAUCUCUUUCAAUGCCCCGGCAAUGGCGACUGGACAAACAUGACAUGCAGCAGCAGAGGUGACGCGGAAACGGCCUGCGGCGUCGAUGCCGUAGGCUCGUGGACUUGGGUUGCCGGUGGGAACGUAACGACAGCGCAGAACGGCCAGUCGACAUGCAACGCGACGGACGUGAUGAACUUGAAAAACUCGAAUUCCUCAAGCUCGACGCAGGCAACCUGUCCGGCAUGCACGGCGGCCGCGACCCAGUCGUCUCACCACUCUACAGUUGCGAUUGGCGCGGGUUUAGGUGUUGGGCUGGGUAUUCCUCUAUUGCUUUCCACGGCGUUAUUUAUAUUUUGUGCGAGAUCGCGGCGACGACUGACUAGUUCACAGCAGGAGACGAAUACGGUCCAAGGAACUGCUGGACGGUCAACACAUCCGCUGGAGUUGAAUGGGGGAGGUGAUGCCGCUGAACUGGACAGCAAAAUGCGAUCUGAAUUGCGCGGAUAA